AUGUUUCUGUCUACGCGAUUGUUUGCUGCAAUCGUCAGUGUCUCCACCUUGUGUGUAGAGGUCUCUGGCGCAUUGCUGCCGGAAAGAGAUGUUUCUUCUUUUGUCUAUGGACGUCAGGAAACGACGAACGCAUCUUCAUCAUGGCCUUAUGGUCCGUUCAGCACACAAGGGCGCGAUAUUGUCAACACAAAGGGCGAGGCAGUGACCUUUGCCGGUGUCAACUGGCCCGGUAGCGGCGAGACCAUGGUUCCUGAAGGCCUGGAAUGGGCAUCAAUCGAGGACAUUCUGUCGCGAGUGCAGAGUGUAGGAUUCAACUUCAUCCGCUUGACAUAUGCCAUUGAGAUGAUUGACCAAAUCUAUGAACGAAAUGGUUCAGACAUUGGCUUGGAGAUCACCAUGAUAAAUGGUCUUGGUUAUGAAAAUNNGGUGACCAACGAGAUCAUAGCCAAGAACCCGACCUUCAACAAAGACACCACCCGUUUCGAAAUCUGGGACCACAUUGCCAAAGUCGCCCUGUCUAAGAACAUCUACAUCCACCCUGACGUGCACGUCGGCAAAGCCCAAUGGUGCUGCAACAACACAGACGGCAACGCCUGGUUCGACGACUACAACUUCCCCGUCGCGAACUGGAAGCGCGGGCUCCAAUACGUAGCAACCUGGGCCUCCAAGCACAACAACGUAGUCUCCAUGUCUCUGCGCAACGAACUUCGCAGAGCCAUCAAUGAGACUUCUCCAACUUCUUCUCUAGGCUACAAUUGGGUAACUCUGGUUGGAAACUACACAGCAGCUACUGAUGCCAUUCACUCCGCAAACCCAGAUUUGCUGGUGACUUGGUCAGGGAUGCAAUAUGAUCAAGACCUCUCCGCUCUGACCCAAGGCAAGAAUCUCAACACAGCACCCUGCUACAAAUGCGAUGCUAUCCGCGAUGGCCUACGCCGCGACCCCAUAAUCUUCGAUCUAGCCUCACACCCCUGGUCCAACAAAGUAGUCUACGAACUGCACUUAUACAGCAUGUCCGAAGACCUAGAUACAGGCUCCUGCCCCAUCGUGUUUGCAGAACUCUACACCGUGGGCUUCAAUGCUAUCGGCAUGACACCUCCUCCCGCCUGCAACAUUACUAAAAAUUGCUCGCCUGCAGUCCGACAAACCCCGGUUAUUAUCUCAGAGUUUGGGGCUGCGCAGGAUGUCACGCUGUUUAACGAUACAUUGAUGAAUUGUCUCAAGGACUUUACGUUGCAGAAUAAUGUUUCGUGGGCCAUGUGGAGUUUGGCGGGAAGUUAUAGGAUUAGAAGUGGUGCGCAGGGUGUGGGUGAUACUUGGGCAUUGGGCAACUACGACUGGGAUGGGUGGAAUUACCCCGAGGGUGUAGAGAAGUGGUGGAAGCCAUGGGUCAGCUCCAUGUUCGGUUAA